AUGGCAACGGUGAAAAGGUACCAAGCCCUUUGGUUCAGGGGAUGCAGUAGUGGUCAGUCUGCGCAAUGCAAAGAUCCCAGCACUGAAUUCUAUGAAGAACUACUUAAUAAAUGUUGUAGCCAGUGCCCUCCAGGUCAUUAUAAGACAGAGAGCUGCAGUCACACUGUGGACACAAAGUGCAGUCCCUGUAGACCUAACACGUAUACAGCAAUCUGGAAUCUGUCUCCUCAGUGCUUUGCCUGCUCACCACCCUGCAAGAAAGGAUUUGUACAGAAUCAAGCAUGCACUACAUCACAGGACAGAAUCUGUAGCUGCCCGCCCAAUGAGUACUGCAUUUUGAAAAUAUACGAGUACUGCAUAAUAUGUAAAGCACAUAAAAAAUGUGGAAAGGGUUACCGAGUUUCCAGGAGAGGAACAAACAGCACAGAUACAGAAUGUACCUGUCCUUCUGGCACUUUUUCACAUGAGGAAUCUUAUGAUACCAGCUGUGCACCACACACAAUCUGCACAUCAGUGGCUGUUCCUGGUAACAGCAUAAAUGACACUGUCUGCAGGGACUCGGUAACAGGAGUUGUCACAGUUCUACCUAACACUGUUUUGAACCUGCUCCUGACCCAGAGCUCAGCUUCUAACAGACCCGAAAUAAUAACUCGACCUGUCACUUUGAACUCUGCAUCUGACAACUCUCACAUCAUUGGAUCAGUAGCAGGGCCAUUGUUAUUGGUCCUGAUAAUCAGUAUUCUGGGGUAUUGCUUAGUCUCCCCAAAAAAGUCCCUGUAUACUCUCCCCCAGCCACAGAAGCAGAUUUGGUGCCUUCAGGAAACAGAAAAGCAGUGUGACAAAAAAGUGAGAAAUACUGGAUCACAAAACGCCAGUAGUUCCAAACAUGAGGAACAGCAUCUCCUGCAAACUUCUGGGUUCAGCAGCAGUUCCCUGAAUAAUCCAACUGAAUCUGCAAGAGUCAGUGUAAUAAGUAACACGAACAAUGAAAAGAAAAAAACUGAAGGAUUUCAGCAGCAACAUUCAGCUGCAGAAGGAUGUAAGCAUCACAGCAGAGACAGACACAACUCUGUGAGCUCAGAGCAUUCUGGUAACGGAGGAAUGCAGGUGAAUGUGACUUGUAUUGUUAAAGUAUGCAGUACAGGCUAGUUCCCAGAACAGACAAGUUCAACUAGCAUGGAUUAUGGAACCACUCCCUAUUAUUCCCUAACAGGGGAAGAAAUUCCCCUUUCAAGAGAAGAACACCUCUUGAAAAAAGGAACUGAAAUGCAGGCCUCAGUGGAAAAUGAGGACAAUUUACUUCAAGGCUCACUGCCAGAAGAAAAGAAGUUUCCUCUGGGUAUUGAAGAUGUGGGGAUGAAAACCAGUUAAAGGAAAUCACAGAUCAUACACUGACUGACUGAUAACAUUCACCAAACAGCCCCUUAUCUUCCAAAAUAAUCAUUACAUUAAAUGUAGCAUUCCUACAGAGACCUGACAUUUCAGAUGAAUAUAGACACUGAGGUUUGGAGGGGUUUUGUCUCUUUGUCAGCUUUGCGAGUCAUAGAAUCAUAG